AAUUCACUCCCUACAACCAGAGAAGAAGAAGUAGUGUCGGGCAGAUCGUGUAGUCUCGUCAGUAAUGAACUGAACAGUGAAUUAAAUUAAACCUCUGUAUUUAUUAAAGCAUGGACAUCGUGCUGUAUGUUCUAGCCGCCGCGGUCCUCGUCGUCCUCAUUGUGUUCGCGCUGAAGGUGCAGAGGAAGACACGGGACGCUGACGAGGAGCAGAGGAGGGAUGUUGUUCGGGCAGCUGGGGGUCCUGGGCGGGCCCCGGAGGAGCGGGGAGCUGGGAUGCCCCGCAGGAGGAGGAAUCUCGCUGCUGCCGUAGUCAACAGGCGGCCACAGAGAGCAGAUCAGGAAGAGGAGCCUGUGGAAGACGAGGAAGGAGAGCUGCAGAACAUCCAGGCGACGGCAAAGAUCGGAGCCAAGAAACAGAAGAAGCUGGAGGAGAAACAGGCCAAGAAAGCCCAAAGAGAGGCGGAGAUGGAGGAGAGGGAGGAGCGGAGGAAGAUGCAGGAGCUCCGAGAGCAGGAGAAACGGCAGGAGGAGGAGAGGGAACGGAAGUUGGAACAGAAACAGGAGGAGGACGAGAAGCGGGCUAAAGAGGAGCAGGAGCGGCGAGAGGAAGAGGAGUACUUAAAACUCAAGGCGUCGUUCAUCGUGGAGGACCAGGGGGAGCAGGAGCAGCUGUCAGAGGACCAGUCCCGCAAUCUGCUGCAAGACUUCAUCGAGCACAUCAAGACGUCCAAAGUGGUUCUCCUCGAGGACUUGGCCUCUCAUUUCGGGAUGAGGACGCAAGACGCCAUCGCCAGACUGCAGGACCUGCUAGCUGAAGGCACGCUCACAGGUGUGAUCGACGACAGAGGGAAGUUCAUCUUCAUCACGCCGGAGGAGCUGGACUCGGUGGCUCGCUUCAUCAGACAGAGAGGCAGGGUCUCCAUCACAGAGCUGGCUCAGGCCAGCAACUCCCUCAUCAACCUCACCCCCGACAGCCGCAGCUCCGCCUGACGCACAGCAGGGGGCGCCACGCGCUUCCGUUUAGCUGCUGGGUGACGUCAUCAUGGCUGAGAACUGUUUAAUAUUCAGUUUAGAAGAUCUCAGUCAUGCUAAAGUGGAAUAAUGUGUGUUGUUUUGUAGAAGAAUUAAAAAAUUAAUAAAUCUGUCAGUCUGAAUUGCAGCAGAACGUUCUACAA